AAAUCUGGGAAUUCGCCAUAUCUAUACAAGAAGCACGCAAUUGACCACCCAGAGUAGAUCUACGGAUGCAGCCAAACCGAAACUUGCCGUGAUUGCAUUGAAAGAUUGAGUGACAAAUGUAGUACGCAAUAUUCAGAUAUGAGGUAAAAUAAAUAACGAUAAGUAGACAUCGUCCCCCGCUCAUCUUCCUCUCUAUCAUUCAACCUUAGUCCUCCAUUUUCGAUCCUUUGGAAUACCUUCACUUGUUAUUUCUUUACCUCAUUGCGUUUCAGAGAUUGUAAAAAUGGCUCCUUCACUUCUUGAUACCCAACCUACAGCACCCCACCAACUUUCCUCUCCAUCCCAAAGAACCGUCGAUCGUAAAGUCUUCCCAGAUGGUAUCAAAACCUCGGGCCAACAUCCACCUUUAUAUGAUCAAUUGAGACCAUACUCUGAUUUCCCUAAAGAAAUCACCGGAGAAACAGUUUGGAAAGCAGAAGAUUAUAUUAAUAACCCAGAAAGAUGGGUUCAUGUCUUCAACGAGGAAGAAAUUGCUGAAUUGAGCAAUGUGGCGGAUAAGUUUAUUCAGGAUAAGAUUCCUCUGACCGGUAUUUCUCAGGUACGUGGUUGGUGUCACAUUACCAUGCUGGAUGAUAGCUAGCUAUCCGAGCACGAAUUGUGAACUUCUCGACUAAUUCAACACAGGAUACUUUCCGUCUCUCAAACCUCUCUACUUUACUGGCAUCCAUCCGAACGGAAAUCUUAAACGGGAAAGGUUUUAUCCUCUUCAAAGGAUUUCCCGUCGAGGAGUGGGGAAACCAUAAAUCUGCCGUUGCAUAUAUGGGAUUGGGAACAUACCUUGGAUAUUUCGUCAGUCAAAAUGGUCGAGGCCACGUUCUUGGGCAUGUUAAGGAUCUAGGCGAAGAUUCAACUCAGAUUGAUAAAGUUAGAAUUUAUAGAACAAAUGCUCGGUUAGUCCAUAUUUCAUUCAAGGGCUAUAAUCAAAGACUAAUGAUGCCAGACAAUUCUUCCACGCUGAUGACUCUGAUAUCGUUGGCCUUCUCUGCAUUGCACGAGCACUUGAAGGCGGAGAAUCUGAUAUCGUUUCUUCGCAUCACGUCUGGAACACUUUACAAAAAGAACGUCCUGAUGUGGCAGAAACACUUACCAAACCUAUCUGGUAUUUCGACCGAAAGGGCGAAGUUAGUGUUGAUGAAGAACCAUACAUCAAGACCUCCAUCUUCUACCUCGAAACCGGCGCUAAUGGUCGUGUAUACUCGAAAUGGGAUCCAUAUUACGUGAAAUCUUUGAGUCGAUUCUCAGACGCUGGAGUCAUCCCACCAUUAUCACCCGAACAAGUUGAAGCUGCUAAAGUUUUGGAAGAAACUUGUCAUCAAUUGAGAUUACAUAUGAUACUUGAGAUUGGCGAUAUUCAAUUCUUAAGUAAUGAGCAUGUACUCCAUGCUCGCACAGAAUACAAGGAUCAUGCACCACCAGCACCGAGAAGACAUUUGAUGAGGUUGUGGUUGGCAACGCCGGAGAGUGAGGGGGGAUGGAAAUUACCGUUUCAUGAUUCGAAGGAGAAGAAGAGAGGUGGUAUUCAAGUUAACGAUCAGGCUCCUGUUGCACCACUAGAUGCUGAAUAGAUUUUGGAGAUAUCAAUGUUAUUAUAGGUAGGAUAAUUUCGUCGAUGACAAAAAUAAAUUCUCGAAUAUAUCAACUUCCAUGUUUCCCUA